GUACGGUAUGUUCGCGGAGGAUGUGUCGUCCCGCAGCAACAUAUAUACUUCAGGUAGGACCCCCAAUUAAGGCUUCUCGGAUCUUGUUUAUCACCAGCCUUCAAAGCCUUCUUCAGUCUCCUUCCACUCUGAAGAUAUCUUCCUUUCUCUCUUGUAUCAUCGUCGUACGUGACCAGAGUGAAGACCACCUGCAACCAACAUAUCAACAUGUCUCGAGCAAGCUAUUCCUACUCGACUGCCACGGCGUCGAGGCAUAUUACCGGCCACGGCACCAGCAGUGCUUUCAGCAGUUCAGCAAACCCAGAUGAGGACUGGACCAAGAUAUCCGACUUGGCCGAGAGGAGAAGAAUUCAAAACCGCAUUGCUCAACGCAACUACCGCAAGAAGCUCAAGAGACGUCUCGAAGACCUCGAAAGACGUGCUGGAUCUUCCUCCGCAUCCCCACCUCAGAUGCACGCAGAACUCCACCAAGAACGCAAGGAGAACAUCAAGCAAUACCAGCGAAGCCCAGAGAUUGUUCACAGGCAGCCAUCACCCAGAAUGAUGCAAAACCAGUAUACGCCACCAAUGGAGGACAACCUCAUGUUUCCUACACAUGCCUUUGAGCGCGAUGGAUCUCGAACACCUCCUCUGUUCGCAUACCACACAUAUCCAGCUCCUGAGGAAAUCGUCUACCCACCAUACCCACAGUCGCAGCCAUACCACGCGGUUACCACCGCAGAGUACAGAGAUUACUUGGCUCCUGUGCCAGUGACGCUUCCUUCGAUGAUGCACUUCAACGAAGCUAUCAAGAGGGAAGACGAUACCAUGCACCCUUUCAACAUGUACAACCAAGGUCUGCCAGCUAUCGAUAUCCACGCAUCCCACGGUUAUGAUGAUUCAAAUCCUCAUGUAAGCAACUUAUGAGCUCAGAACCUUAUAUAAACAAUGAUCUAACAUGCAAAUCCAGACUCCUCCUCUUUCACACUCAUAUGAGCAUUCAGAAGCUGGCUCAUCAUACCACUAUCCUAGUACCCCACUAUCAAUGCCUCCAUCGCCAAGACUCUUG